GACACAGGAUAUGUCAGUGACUUUGCACGACAAAGCGCUCUCCGAGGGCAUGGAAUGUCUAAUUUUUUGGUCAGAAUCUCGACAGUAAUGUCUAUGUUAGAUUCUCCGGUCGAAAUACGGGAAAACCCCAUGAAAUUUUCGAUGGAAACGGAGUUUUGCGAAUUCUCCCCGGAACUGGAAGAUCAUUUCGAGAUCUUCGAGCAUAUUCGAGGGUUCAAUGUGACUAUUGUCACUUCGGCAAACACAAAAGAUGAGACUUUACCACCGUGGAGCGGCUUUUUGCUAAAAGAUGAGGGAGAAACUAAGUAAGAUGUCGGAGAAGCGAAAUAUACGAGAUCACAAACGUAGAUUGCUCGCGGCUAAAUAUGAAUUGAGACGAAAGCUUUAUAAAGCCUUUUGUAAAGAUCCCGAUCUUCCGUCUGAUAUGCGGGACAAACAUCGUUAUAAGUUGUCCAAGUUGCCAAGAAAUAGUUCCUUUGCACGAGUAAGAAACCGAUGUAUUUCCACGGGUCGCCCUCGUUCCGUAGUUGAGUUCUUUCGCAUUUCUCGUAUCGUUUUUCGUGGAUUAGCAUCUCGAGGUCCUUUGAUGGGCAUAAAGAAAUCGUCUUGGUAGCAACCACCAAACCAAUAGAACAAAGGUUAGCUCUGCAGCUGGUCCACAAGCAAGGGUUGUAGGUCCAUUACCGUCCGGCUCCGGACCGAAAAGACCUAACGGAGUCAUCCCAACUCUCGGAUCGGAGAUGCUAACGAGACGGGAAUCGAAGUGGGGGACCUCUCUACCGCACCUGUCUCCCCAGACAUAGACUACAGGGUAGUACUCUUGGAAAGAUAGAAGAUCACCGCGUGAACAACAUCUAAAGUUACGAAUGUCACUCCCGAGGGAUCGACCACUAUUAUAAUAUAUUUUUUUAGAGAACUCUUGUUCAUGUUCACGCCGGAGUGCUGAGGUUGUUCCCACCAUUGAAGUCAGAGUCUGGGUGUGGGCCCGCUUACUAAUACUUACUAAUAGGGUUCCGAAUGAAAAAGACCAAAAAGUGCUUCGUUUCGUUGGUAGAACCAACGCCAAUAUCAUAUUGACUCUCUCUCGUCCAAUAAGAGUUUCCGAGAGUGACUUUCAACACUGAAAAUUCUCUCCUUUCCAAAGCUCCACAAGGCAGGCAAAAAGAAAGAGUAAUAGGACAACAAGCAAUGUUGCUUUCAUUUUAGUUCUUUCUUUGUUGAGAUUGAAAUCGACCUUCUUUUGAAAAGGGGUAGGUAGUUUGCACGCAGGCAAAACUUCUUCAUGAAAGGAGUUCCUUACUUAUCUUUCAUAGGUUUCUUAAUGACUAGUCCUUCGUUUGAAGCCUUAAGAAACCGGCAGUUUUUUUUUCCGAAUGACGUUCUUUUGAGAAUCAAUAAACCGAAAAAUCCGUAGCCCAGGUGAUUCACUGCCUCCCUCUCGCUAAAAUGGGAUGAAUCUUCUCAUGCAGCUUUUUGAUUAUUCAGGGCGCUGCGAAGCCAAUUUCCAUCAAGGCAAGGGGGUAAAUAA